AUGCGAAGAUUUAUUUUCACUCUUACCUUACUUCUUAUCAGCAUUCUGGUACUCAACUCCUUUCCAUCUCGAGGUUCAGACUUCGACGGCCAGCUGGACCACGAUGUCAAUCCAGAGAUAGCUGAACAGAUUCAGGAGAUCAAAGAAGCACAACAUGCGGUCGAAAGUCUCGAACGGUACGCCUCUGUUCCGCCAGAUUACUUCUCCCCCCUUGUCGGCUAUACGGAAGAGGCAGCCGAACGAGCACGAUCGCACGUCGCCAGCUCAUCUAGCCGGUUUUUCCUGAGGCCAGAUUCUAGGUACCUCGGCGCUGUAGUCGCGUAUUCGACCUUCAGCUUUCAUCACCCGAGAACGCAUCGAAGGGUCUUCGCCGUUGCUAUGCUCAGACUCCGAAAGCACAGAGAAGGAGGGUUUCUUGGCGAAGCGUACUUUCCGGAAGGAUUGAUGUUAGGCGAGAAGAGAGAUCUAUGGCAGCGAUUGAACCGGCAGGCGACUUUCGACAGAAGAGAUUUGAUCAGGCAUUUCGGCCCGCUCGCCCUUCAUCUGCCCUAG